AUGCUGCUGCCCACUCUCGAGCGGUUGUUGGAGCGGUGUGGACGCCCCAUUUUUAGUAAUGUUGAGGACGUGCGAAUGGUAAUGGCAUCAUUGCUCGACAUUUCCGCCUACGUGGACCGAGCGAGUACAAAAGUGAUUGCGAAACCGCUUCGGCGUUUCUGCCACAAGGAUCCCGACACGGUUGCAUCCGUCAUGGAGGCGGUUCCUAUUGACGCUGCGGAGCCCACUCAUGGUCGCCGGGCCGCGAUGUUACUCCGCUGUUUACCAAAGCACAGUUGUGAUGAGGUUAUUUGGGAGCGAGCAGUUGCCGCUACACUGGCGGGUCUGAAAAGCCGGAAAUGGGAUUUACAUGAUUAUCGUGUUGCCAUGGCUCAUGCAGGUAGAGGGGGCCGUCACGCACCAGCGUUGGCUGCGGCUGCGGAGGAAUUCGUGAGUUCUUCAGCGCGCACGGCCUCGCAAAGUGAGCUUCCAGCCCUUCUAGUCAUUUUAACAUCGCUUCCGGAGUUAAAGCGCUCUCCAUGUUUGCAAGUGGCAGCUGACCGCAUUGUGCAGCUUUCGGAGAUUCUUUCGCCAGCAGCGAUUGGCCAAAUAUGCGCAAGUGUAAAUAAGGUAUCUUUUAGACAUACAGCUAUGGCAAUUGCUCUUCAGGAGGAGGCUAUUCGGUUUGCAGAAGAGAGUGAUCUUUUUAGUGCUGUUCAACUCUUUAGUUUUAUCUGCCAACAGGAGAAGGAAGCCAUCAGUCCGGAUGCUGUUAAAUGUUUGGCGGAACGAGUAAUUGAAGGGAAGGAUUUGGACCAGGAGACCGUUUCGGUACUCUGUCGGGCUUUGCGCUCGAUACCGCGGCCACAUCGGCCCGAGCUGCUGCGUGAAAUUGGGGAGAUGAUGGAGUUUUUAGGUGGGGAAGUGAAGGAAUUGUUGGAGUUGCCAGUAGCCAAAGGUGGGCUUAAAGGUGAUGUGUCAGCGGGGGACAUUCAGUCAUUCAUUUCCAAGUUCCUUUCACUGGAUGGCUUGUUACCUGCGGAUCAUGAUCGUCCUGGCACCUACAUGGCCGCUAUUGUGGCUUGCGUGGAUUACAUCACCGAGAGGUUGGAGGACAUUGUGUCUGAUGAAAAUCCACCCUUUUCCAUAAUUCCCCACCUUCUUAAUAUUAAUAUGGAGGAGACGCGACGGUGUGGACAAGCGAUUAUUAGGGAGGCAGCUGAGCAGGGAAUUCACUUUCCCACUUUACAGGUUUUUCGUUUCCUUCUUGCCUUAGGGGACCAUAACAUGCGGGACCAGCGUGUGUACAGACACCUCCGCAACGAGUUCGCCAAGACAGCCUCUGAUAUUCCGAUGAUUCAACUCUGUGCCGCCCUAAAAUGUUUUGUGCGAGGCCUCAUGCAGAAUGUUGAGACACAGUCGUUAGAUGAGCAGGUGGAGCAUGAGCUAGAGAAAGAGGAUAUGGAUGCCUUCCUGCGAUUUUGUGUAGAGAACCUUCGGCGUGGAUUUGCCGACGGGAUGGAGGUGAAGUGCGUGAUGGCCGCCACGGAGAGUUUAUAUCAACUUGGUUACACAUCCACAGAAUUUUAUGAGCAGGUGGCGCGUUACCUCGGUUCCAAGUGCUCCUCCGCGUCGGCUUCUGUGAACAGCAGCGAAACGGCCACUGCGGUGUGUUUAGCCCUCGGUGAAGAUAUUCUUGACCGCCAUCCGGAUGUUCAUACCUUUCUUUUAGAGGUGGAGAAAAGCGGGUUGAAAGGUGAGGCGUCUCUUUCACCCACAGAAUGGAUGAACAAAAACGACCCGGCGAACUUUAUAACGCCCCUCACUGAAAUUCAGCAGGAGGGAUGGAAUAUUAUUAACCGCAUGGUUGAGACGCGUGCGGCGGACACUGAGAAGUUGACGGCUCUCGCCAAUGAGUACGUGGCAAUAUUGAAAUCCACACGUGUGGACGAUCUCAAGUACUUUUUUGGGGUCUUUGAGGAAAAGGUGUUUAAGCAGGAUAGGAUAUUGAAACAGUGCUUAGAUUACCUUGUGGAAAGCAACGCAGCUGUUAAACUUUCCGCGACGAGCAUUGGAGCCAUGCUCAACAGUCUUGCUGCCAUCCGUUUCACAUAUCACAGGAGCGUGAAACAAUUUAUGAUCGCCAUUAGUACAGAGCAAUGGAGUGAGAUGGAUGCAUCACCCCUCGUAAAGAUUGUGUCUGCGAUGGCAAAACUUUCUUUGCGGCUCCCGCAAGUGUUGGUACAUGUGGGCGAUCGGCUGCUGGAUGUUUACACGUUUCUUUCUCCAUUGGACACGGCUCUUGUUAUUAAUUCUCUGCAGUCCAUCGGGUACGGCAAUGACGAAGUGUUGAUGAUGUUGAUGCGGCAUGCAGCAAGUAGUGCACGACGAUGGGAUGAAGUUUCAUUAACAUUGUUAUUUGGUGCAUCUGGUGUGCAUCGGUUACUGAGGAAUGUUGAGGUAGCAGCGCCACUUCUCGAGCAGGCUGCGGGUAAAACUUCCUCACCGCAUCUCCGCCAGCGUAUUGCUGCAUCAUUACGCCGUUCAGCGCUUCCCCGUGCAUUAGUGCAGUCAUCCACCAGUUUAUUAACAGGAGGGGCACAUGAGGUGGUGAAUAAUCCGCCUUUACAGCUGGUGUGA